AUGGCCACCAAGAAAGAUAUGCGGAGACCGGAGCUCGUUGUUCCAUAUGUUGAGCCGCCGGCGAAAGCGUCAGAGGCUUCGGAUAUGAGCAGCACGAUGUCGAACACGAUGCCCAUGGCUGCUGAUGAUUGCCUGGUAUGCUUAUUCCAGCUUGUUACAUUGAAGGCAUGGGAAUCGCAUCGCGCUGAUUAA